AUGGUCUCCGCAAAGAAGCACGUUCCGAUCGUGAAGAAGCACCCGAAGAGAUGGAACAGACAUCAAUCCGAUAUGUUCAAGUGCGUGCCCUCAGCAUGGAGGAAGCCAAAAGGUAUCGACAACCGAGUCCGAAGACGGUUUAAGGGCCAAAUCGUUAUGCCAUCGAUCGGUUUUGGCUCCAACAAGAAGACUCGCCACCUGAUUCCCUCUGGCCACAAAGUUUUCCUCGUUCACAACCCCCGCGAUGUUGACAUCCUCCUCAUGCACAACCGAACCUACGCUGCCGAGAUUGCCUCUGCCGUCUCAUCGAGAAAGCGAAUUGAGAUCAUCGCAAAGGCCAAGUCGCUGGGCGUUAAGAUUACAAACCCCAAGGCCAAGGUUACUACUGAGUCUUAG